AUGGUGGAGAGAAUCCACCACUCCCUCAAGGCCUCCCUGAUGGCAUGCUGCCUAGUCCCCGACUGGAAGGCACAACUACUGUGGGUCCUCCUCGGCCUCCGCACCACCCCAAGAGCCAAUGGCGACCUGUCUCCGGCAGAGAAAGUGUAUGGCGAGGCCCUGACAGUGCCAGGCGAAUUCUUUCCCGCCGACAGCGACGACCCUGACAUUCCCCUGGCAAGACUCCGGGCAGCCGCCCAGAAGUUCGUCCCCUGCCGGGAGACCUAUACUGACAGGAGGAAGCAGUACCGCCUGAGUGCCUUGGACUCCUGCAAAUUCGUCUUGACUAGAAACGACACCACUCUCCCGCCCUUGACGUUGCCGUACCGGCACGCACCACAUCAAGUUGCUCAUUGGGAGGAGGUGUUCCUCGUUUCGAUUGGCGUCCAUGAGGACUGGGUCUCAAUUGACCUCAAACCAGCCGUCAUUCCCGACGAAGAUGACCCCGCAGAAGGCCCUUGCAGAACUCCACCUCAGAAUGCAGCGUUGCUGGAGCCCUCCAGCGCCCCUAGACGUCACCCAAGGAAAGCAGCCGAGCCCCCCAGGUCCACCACCAAGGAUGGUAUCCUGUUUCCCGACUCAACAGACGACGAGGAAAUGGAAGACAUUCCCCGACCAAUGUCAUCACGGACCCGUGGACUCCUCCAGCCCCCUGCAAGAUUCCGUUGA